AUGAGACUUACUAACACAAUUAAUUUUAUUUUACCACAAAGAUUUCUAGUAUCCAAUAAUGCAAGCAUAAGUAAUUUAGAUAUUUCUUCAUUUAAUGGGGAGAAAAAAAAUUUUCAAAAAAGGAUCUUCUCAAACUUUUUGUUUUCUAGACUUUUUAUUUUGUAUUUCUUCUCCUUUUUAUAUCUCUUCUUAUUAAAUAUAUGCGUAUCUAAAGACAAUGCAUUUUCAGGAUUAGAAUUAAAUAAAGUGUAUGACAGAAAAUUAGCUGAACACAUCCGCAAAAGAGGAGAAGAUUCAGAGCAACAAAAAACUAAUUUUCAUAUAAAUAAGGAUGAAAAAUCACAUUCAAACUAUGCAAGUUCUGUAAGGUCCGAACAAAAUCAAAGUGAUAAACAAAAUCAUGAAAAAAAAAGCGAUCUGAAAAAAAAAGAAAUAUUAGAAGAAAGUGAUCGAAUUGAAAAGAAGAAUGAUAAAGUGCAUGAUAAAAUGGACAAGCGUAAAAUGAAUGAUGAAAUGGGCAAGCAAGAAAUACAAAAUGAAGGUUGCGCAAUUUCAUUAGGUAAUAGAAGUUCAGAAUUACAUUAUCAAUUAAGUGAAAAUGAAAUAAAUGAAAGGAUUAAAAAUUUAGGCGAUAUUCCAAGCCUACAAGACAUAUAUAUACUUUGGUGGCAAGUACGUGGUGAUCAGAGAAGAAAUUUCCUUGUAAUAGGAUAUUAUUUAGAAAAAUUAUUUAAGUCACUGAUGAAAACUCAUAAAUUUGAUCAACGUUUCCUAAAAAAGGAAUGGAAUAAAUGGUAUCAUGGUCUUUUAAAUGAUUUAAUAGCUAUGGAAACUAAGGAUAAUAAAAAUUUUUACUCUUUACUUAAGAAAGAAUCAUGGACACGUGAAAAAUUUGAAGAUUUUAUAGAUACAAAUAUACUAGAAUGGAAGAACCAUAAGAUAAAUACAAGAAAAAAGUGGGAAAGUACUUUGACUGAGGACUUUAACAAAAAAAAAAAUGAUUUAUAG